ACGAGGUGGAGGCGGCGGGCGCGCGGGGGCACGGCGCUCAACACCAUCGUCAUGAACGCGGUGCUGGAGGCCUUCGUGCGCUGCGGCGACGUCGACCGGGCCCUUUGCAUUUUUGGUGAGAUAAUAAAGCAGGCUGGCAACAACAAAGAUUUGAGACCUAAACCUCAUAUUUAUCUUUCAAUUAUGAGAGCUUCUUCUACCAGAGGUGAUGUUGAUAUGGCCAUGCGAUUGAACAAGCGCAUGUGGCCAGAUUCAGUGGGAUCCAUUAGCCGUGCAGCAAAAGAAGAGGCAACUGAGCUAUUAAUGGAAGCUGUUGUAAAUAACAAUCAGAUAGAUUUGACCAGAGGGCUUCUAAGAAGAAUAGUGAACGAGAAGGAAUGCUUCUCUUGGACAAGUAGAGUAGGUCUGGUUGCAGUUAAACUUGAAAGCUUAUCUGGAUUCACCAACUCUCUUCUAAGGCCCCAUGUAUUUCCACAGAUUAUUUUGAAUGAUUCAGUUGAGAAGUAUAUGAUUCCAUUUCAAGAAUCCCGACCAUUACCUGCUGACCUAAUCUCGCGGAAGGCUGUGAUGCGAUUCAUAGAAGAUCGUGCUGUUCCCCUUGUGGAUGAUUGGGGUGGUUGCGUUGUAAUUGUUCACCGCGACGAUUGCACCAGGUACACUCUGGAUGCGCCUCUUCUUUCAAUGGCGAGAGGACCACCCCUCUGCGUGCCUACUUCAACCUCUGUGUUGCAUGCCAAUGAUCUCCUCAGAGAGAAAUCCGAAAUGGUGGUUGUGGUGAAAAAUGGCAACAUGUAUGAAGGUAGUUAUGCAUCCAGCUCAAGGCCCUUGGGUGUUUUCUCUGUUGCCAUCAUGUGGAAGUUCACCGGCAACUACUCAUCAGACAUCCACGACGUGGGCAUCUCCCAGUUAACACUCGAGCAAGACACUGAAGCCUGCAAUUGUGGCUGA